UCUGCCUGCGAGCUCUGAAACCGGGGGGAGCAAAGCGAAGGAGAGCAAGCGGCAUCCGUCCAAACCCCAAACCCUAAGCAACGGAAAGAGAUCGGAAAACACGCAGGAGUUUGCCCUCACGCAAUGCAAUGCCUGCGGCACCCCGAAACCAAAGCCCUCACCAGAGUGGAAAUCUAAAGAGAGAAAGAGAAGGAGAGAGAUAGAGAGGGCGGCAAUUUCCAAAUUUAGGUAGCAAAAGGGAUUCUUGGCGGCUUUAGACGUAGGAGGAGCUUCGAGUUCUUGGAGGAGAGAGAGGAGCCUCUGCUGCUUCUUCGUCGAAUUUUUGGCAGGAAGUCGGAGAUUUUCUUCGACUUCUGGACGAAUGGAGGUGAGCAGCGGUUGAUCUCGCUGCAUCCUGAUGAUUUCUCCAAGAAACGAUUUUGGUGGUCAGAUCUCGAAUCUUUGAAGAAGAUCGUUUUCUUUGAUUUGAAGGGAACAAGUUUAUGUUGAGGCUAAAGUUGUUGGGAUACUAAAAGGUCGGGUCCGAAUUGGGGUUAAAAAGUGGAAAAAAACCCACCAGUUUGACUCCUUUUUCUAAAGCUUGCUCUGGAAUUCUGUCGGUUUAGUUGCUCUCUGAAAAAUAGCAGGAAAAAGGGCGAAAACAAGAGAGCAAUAGAAGAGUUUGCAUGCUCUUAUUAUUCUUUGAGGGGGAUAAAUAGAAAAAUCGACCCUUUUUUAUGUCACACAAAUUUGGUUCUUUUUGGAAAGCUAUGGACGGGUGGCUUGGAGUAGAAGCGGUGUGUGCCGCAGCUUUGGCUGUUAGGAAGCUUGAAUUUUGUUAAAUUUUGGUCUGAGGUCUCUCUUUCUUGGGGUCGGUGGGAAAUGGCGUCUUCUUGGGACCAGCUGGGUGAGAUUUCGAAUGUCGCCCAACUGACGGGACUCGACGCCGUUCGUCUGAUCGGGAUGAUUGUGAAGGCGGCGUCCACCGCACGCAUGCACAAGAAGAACUGCAGGCACUUUGCGCAGCACCUGAAGCUGAUCGGCAACCUCUUGGAGCAGCUCAAGAUUUCGGAGCUCAAGAAGUAUCCGGAGACUCGGGAGCCUCUGGAGCAGCUGGAGGAUGCCCUAAGGCGGUCCUAUAUUCUUGUCAACAGCUGCCAGGACCGCAGCUAUCUGUAUCUUUUGGCUAUGGGGUGGAACAUUGUGUACCAGUUCAAGAAGGCUCAGGUUGAGAUCGAUCGGUACUUGAGGAUCGUUCCACUCAUCACUCUUGUGGACAAUACUAGAGUCAGGGAAAGACUGGAGCAUAUUGAAAGGGAUCAACGUGAAUAUACUUUUGAUGAAGAGGACAGAAGGGUGCAAGAUGCCUUAUUAAAUCCCGAUCCUUGCAAAAAUCAGACAGUGGUGCUAAAAAAGACUCUUUCCUGUUCUUAUCCAAACUUGCCUUUUGAUGAAGCCCUGCAAAAAGAAAACGAGAAGCUCCAAAUGGAACUCCAAAGAUCACAGAGUGACAUGGAUAUUAGUCAAUGUGAAAUAAUUCUGCGGUUGCUCGGAGUAACAGAAAAUGUAGCAUGUUCUCUGCCAGAGAAGAGUGAGAAGCCUAAGGAUCCUAUGAAAGUGGAGUCAAAUUAUUCGGAUACCAAUAUUGACACACGGCACUCCUUUGAUGGAGACUACUGUAGUCAACAAAAGGAUACUUACAUGGCAUCAAGAAGUGUUUCUCCAGUUUCAUCCGGUCAUGAUUUGAUCUCAAACGGAGGUUCACACAGACAUGAAGAUUGGCAUUCAGAUUUGCUCGGUUGCUGUUCAGAGCCUUAUCUAUGUAUGAAGACUUUAUUCUACCCUUGCGGAACAUUUUCAAAAAUAGCUACAGUAACCAAAAACAGACAUGUUUCUUCUGCAGAAGCCUGCAAUGACCUGUUGGCAUAUUCAUUAAUAUUGUCAUGUUGUUGUUACACCUGCUGUGUCAGGAGGAAACUCCGCAAGAUGCUGAAUAUCACGGGGGGUUUAUGUGAUGAUUUCCUGUCACACCUGAUGUGUUGCUGCUGUGCGCUUGUUCAAGAAUGGCGUGAAGUGGAGAUUCGUGGAGUUCAAUGUACAGGGAAGAAAAAAACAAGCCCACCACCUUCUCAAUACAUGCAAUCUUAGCUGGCAGCUGGGAGUAGAAGUUCUGUUUGUGUUGUAUAGUCAAUACCCUGUUGAUUGCCAAAUUUAUCGUGAGCGGUGCCAGUAAUAUGAAGCUGUGUCUUGCUGUCCCUUGUACUUGCUAUUUCUUGGUAUACUUCUGCUACAGUGCUGUGUAUCAUGGACCUGCUUUUGUGCUAUAGCAUUGUUUAUUUGACCUAUUCAAAAAGAAGCUCCAGUUUCCAGGAUACAUAUUGCCCUCCCA